UCCGUGUAGUUAGCCGGCUAAGAUAAUUGUGUGUAAAUUCUAUUUCUUGAGCCCUUUAGCUUACGGCUGAAGAAAAAAACACAUCGACAUUCACUUUCAAAUAUACCCAGUCAGCAAUAAUAAUUCCAAAAAACACAACUGAUUUUUUUCAUAAUCGGGCGGAAGAGCGGAAAUAAUAGCGGAUGCAGCACCGGCAUGAGACCUCAUAGCGAGCUACAUCCAUGGAGCUCAGAUCAGCGGUUACCCAGACGCUGGCACUUAUGUAGCAGCGUUGCCAAGGCUUCGUUUCCACGCCGACUAUCUCUACCCCCCCAGUGAUGCACUGCUGUGUCGCCGCCCACAGCCUGCCCCCACUGCCCUGCACACCGGCCCCCCCUCGCCCCAGGCGCCCCACCCCCAGGAAGAGGAACAGAUCUGGGCAUUUAAUCGACAGGGAGUGACCCGGGGAACGACGCCGCGGCGGGCAGGAGGAGAGGAGGCAGAACGGUGCCUGUAGGGGGCGCUCUUCUGCAGUCCCCACGCAGUGUUCUCGCCUUUCACUGACCGUGCGCUGACCCUCACGGUCAUAACAGCGCAGGUGGCGGCGCUGGCGGUUUGGUGGUCCCCGCCCCCUCCCCUCUCUGGGCUCGGGCCGUGGGAUGCCAGCAUGUCGGAGCUGGGUGAGCGCCGGCCGGUAAACUCGGACUACGCCGUGUCCCUGCUGCAGCAGCUGAAGGUCUUCUACGAGCAGAAGCUGCUGACGGACGUGGUGCUGCUGGUGGAGGAUGCAGAGUUCCCCUGCCACAAGAUGGUGCUGGCCUCCUGCAGCUCCUACUUCAGGGCGAUGUUCAUGAGCGGCCUGAGUGAGAGCAGGCAGACCCACGUGCAGCUGAGGACCGUGGACCCCGCCGCCCUGCAGAUCAUCAUCACCUACGCCUACACCGGCCAUCUGGCCAUCAGCGACUGCACCGUGGAGCCGCUGUACGAGACCGCUUGCUUCCUACAGGUGGAGGACGUCCUGCAGCAUUGCCGGGAGUACCUGGUGAGGAAGGUGAACCCCGAGAACUGCGUGCGCAUGCUGAGCUUCGGGGACAUGUUCGGCUGCAGGGAGCUGAAGCAGAGCGCUCUGCGCAUGGCGGAGCACAAGUUCGCGGUGGUGUUCCGGCAGGAGGCCUUCCUGCAGCUGCCCCGCGAGCUGCUGCUGGAGCUGCUGAGCAGCGACCGCCUGAACGUGGAGCGGGAGGAGACGGUGUGCGAGGCCGCCAUGCUGUGGCUGGAGCGCAACCCCGAGGCGCGCUCACCGCACCUGUCGUCCGUGCUCAGCCACACCCGCAUCGACGCGCUGUCCGAGGUCAGGCAGCGCGCCUGGUUCCGCGGCCUGCCGCCCCACGACCAGUCGGUGGUGGUGCAGGGCCUCUACAAGUCCAUGCCCAAGUUCUUCAAGCCGCGGCUGGGCAUGACCAAGGAGGAGAUGCUGAUCUUCACGGAGGCGGCGGCGGCGCCCGAUUGGCCGGCCGACGGGCCCGGGACGACGCCCCCCCGGCGCGCCGCCAUCUGCUACAGCCCACAGGCGGGGAAGGUGUACAAGCUGCGCAGCCUACCAGGGGGUCUGCAUAAGGUGGGCGUGCUGGUCACCCCCGACAACGACAUCUUCAUCGCGGGGGGGCAGGUGCUGCUGAAGGGGGCGUCGGCCGAGCGGGGCCGGCCGUCCUUCCGGCCGGUGGACAGCGUCUUCUGGCUGGACGCGCAGCAGAACGCCUGGGUGGCGCGGGCGGCCAUGCUGUGCCCCCGCGUGCGGCCCUCACUGGUGCACUGCGGCAGACACGUCUACGCGGUGGGCGGGGACGGCGAGGCGAGCCGCCGGGCGGUGGAGCGCUACGACGCGGCGCGGGACGAGUGGAGCAUGGUGAGCCCGCUGCCAUGCGCCUGGGCCUGGUGCGCGGCUGCCGCUGCCCGCGGCCGCGUCUUCGUCGUGACACACGACGUGGCAUACAGCUACCUGCCGCACGCCGACGCCUGGGUGGAGCUGGCCUCCCGCCACUGUGCCCACCGCCUCGCCUCCGUCGCCGCCCUCGGCGACCUCGUCUUCUGCGUGGGCGGGGCGCAGGCGGCCAGCGGGGCGCCCGGCUUGGUGGACGGCGCCUCAGUCGCCGUGGAGAUCUAUGACAUGGCGAAGGACGAGUGGCGGGCGGCGGCCAGCGUGCCGGCGGGGCGGGGCUCGGACCCGGUGGUGCGGGCGGUGCCGCUGCUGGGCUCACUCUGCGUGUUCGUGCGUGAGACGCAGGGGACGGAGCGCGCCCGCUACGCGCUGUACCGCUACGACGCCGAGCGCGACCGCUGGCACCCGCGGCAGCCCGUCUCCCAGCGCGUGCUCUGGGACCUGGGCCGGGACUUCGGCUGCGCCGUGGGGAAGCUGUACCCCUCCUGCCUGGAGGAGCGGCCCUGGAAGCCCCCCGCCGCCCUCUUCUCCCCGGACGGCGCCGAGGAGUUCGAGGUGGACGGGGAGAUAGUGACCCUUCCUCACGUGUAGCUGUGGGAGGCCUGGACUGCACUCCGAAUCUCCGGCGGUGGAGAGUGGGGGGGGGCAGGGUUAGUGCGUUAAGCACUGCAUCAGCGCCCCGGGGUUAGUGCGUUAAGCACUGUCAGCGCCCCAGGGUUAGUGUGUUACGCACUGCAUCAGCGCCCCAGGGUUAGUGUGUUACGCACUGCAUC